AUGAAGAAUAUUCCUAUUCUUUUGAUCUUUGCUCUGUUUGGAACAUUGGCCGAAGCGUGGCGCUGGCCUUGGCAGAAGCCGGACAGUAAGUCAUUUCUUUUUCAACGCGCAAUUUAAAAUGUUGGUUUCUCUAGUGUGCUAGUUCAUAUCGAUUAAACCUUUUAGUAUCGUCAUAACGAUAUUGUCCUGGCUUAUACUGCUGCAGGCCAGAUUAAUAACAGUAUGAUCCAGUCAUAGUUUAUAGCUUGCUUCUUUGCGCGCGCGGAGGCUGGAGUAAUCUAAGAUUUCAUCUGAAGGGUUUAUAUCAGAGAGUGGUAAUUUUUGAAAAUUCUCAGUUCUUAUCGAAAACUAACUUGUACAGGCGUGUAGACGUUUCUGCGUUCACUGAAUUGGAGUCUAGGAAUUUGGCCUGGACUUUGGACCGUCUUGAAAAUUCGAAGCCGCAAAAAUAGGUCAAGCAACCUAAAAACUGUAAAUUGUAUUUGGGAAAUCUUGGAAAUCUGCCUGCAACGACCUCUAGUAAAGUCCAAUGGUAAAAGUCAAUGUAAGUUUAUUAGCGAGUAGUGGGCUAGGGUAUUAAAUCCUAUCCAUGAUCCGAUACAAUCCAGCGCCUCGCUGCUCAAACGUGGGUAGUUUAAAUACGCGUUUCAAUAAAAAUUGAUAUUUCUUUAACCUAAAAGUCCGGUUUUUAAAAGAGCCAUUGAGGAAAGCUUUACGCAUUUUUAAUAAUACUCGUCGUACGAUACUAAUCCAACUUUAGGAUGUCAAAAAUUACGAAGCUUUUCCCUGGGGCUGGGUGUCACCUCGGUGCAUGACUAAGCCUUUUUAACCAGACACGUCAGUUCGAAACCCAAAACCAAAUUCAAACUUGAUAGUACUCAACUAUUUCUAGCCUUCCGAUCCCAGGCAUGGCGUUUUUAGGGGAGCUGGGAUUUUGUUCUCUGGGGAGGGUAGCCUGUUCCAGGCUCCGAGAUAGUCGGGUCCGCUAAAUUGAGAAAGCGCCAACACGAAAAUAAAACGGGAGGAAACUGGGGACGAAAUACGAGCUCCCCUGUAAAAGCCUGCGUGGGAGGCUAAACUAUUUCUCGCUUCAAAUAAAAAGACUGCAAACACUCUGAAGAAUACUAAAGGUAAGGACUCUUUAAAUUUUUCAGUUUCUUCCCUGCUAACAUAAGGUCACAAGCUGACAUUGUCUUGAACAAACAAAACAAACUACUAUUGCUGCUUCAUUUGUUUUCCUAAAAAACAAUCCCAAAGCAAAAGGCCUCUCAGAGAACGGCAUUCCAAAAUAUCCAGCUACGUAUUACUUUACCACGGUUGGCUCGAGUCCAGUAAGAUCAACGGAAAUUAUCUUUGUGAGAGAUUUUGCAGCGACUUGGUGAGGAAAAAAAAGCAGUUUGAACUGUAGCACGAUGAAACUUGAGAUCAGCCACGUCCGCAAUAAACUAAUAACCGAAACAAACAUGAUCGUUUUUUUUUUUAUCUAAGUGGUUAGAAGUUGGCGGGUGACAAUUUCUGAUAAAAGAGGGCAAAAGAUCACCAAGAGGAACGUGCUGUUGGAAAUGUACUUAUGGUCGCCUUUUCUUUUCAACGAGAACGGUUUCAUUAUGAUUGGUCAACUCCGCUUUGGAAAUAUUAGGGCAACAAGGGUGGUGUGGUACACUAUGGUUCCUCGUAUUUUCGCGGGCUGACUCGCGGGCUUUCUUUUGCCUCUCCCCACUCUUCACGCGGUUUUCAUUUUUCCGUGUCCCAGUCUCCAGAAGCUCCCAGUAACACGGACGAUACUUCUUUCUCCUUUUUGGCUGAGAAAGCUGUAGGCCUAGAUAACCAAAGAGGGUAGCCUUCCUGGAUGUGAAGAAAUAUUUCAGCUUUGGCUCUGAGUUUACAAACGUCAUCCUGCAGCUAAAAUAAAUGUAUUUGCAUUCGGCGAAGCUAAACGUAGUGGCAGUGACAGAGAAUGUAAAUACUUUCCUAUUGGUAUGAACGCACGUGAGCCGCUAUGGCGUUAAUUGACUCUAUUGUUAUUAGAUAUAUAAGAUUUUGACAGUUGUAAUGUAUUCAUCUCACCUCUCGAGCUAUCAACGUUUAUUUUUAUGUCGAUCUUACUUUAUUCAUCUAUCGAUUGCCUUUAACCCCCAGAGGUUGUGCGACCGCAUCGGUUGGGGAAUACGUUCCCAAUUUUUUCCCAUUGGGUUUUUAGGUUUUCGUAUCAGGCGGCUUACGUGAAUAGUUUAGCCGGAGUGGCUUUAUUUAGGAAUAUUUGUAUACCAUUCUUUAGUUAUGAUGUUGAACUUCGUAUGUUAUUUGGACGGCAUUAAACACUCAGGCUCCACAGUUCGAGCUGCAUACCCAUUCCCGUCUCUUAGUCGUGAAUAUAAAUAGGAAUUGUCAAACUUUGCCCAUUUUAGUCUAUGUAAUGAAUGUGUUAGCGACGUUUAUGAUUUGAACAUUUUGUUUUUUUCUUUGCAGCUCCGGAAUGGUCAAAGUUGUCAGGUACAUUUAUUGAAAAGUUAAACUGCCAUAUCUGGAAGCCACCGACUUUUGCUUAGCGGUUUCGCGGUAUGCCCCUACAUUACGCAUGCGCACAGCCAUGUUGUCUAUGCUGUGUUUAGCUUGUUACAGGCUUUCAUUUAGUAGGGACGAGCAAAAAGACUUAAGGUGAUGUUACAACAUUGUUACAACAUUGUUCCACCAUUUCAACGCUGUGUUGCGCUAAAAAUCGUCGUUGCGAAUCGUCCCAUGUAACAUCACCUUUAAGACCAAGAGCCUGGAACGGGAUAGGCUGUGACAGCCCUAGGUAUUCCCUGGAAAAUGUUUCGUCCUCGUCGUCGAGUUUAUGUUUGCGGGCAUUAAUAUGUUUUAGGCCCGACUCAGGCUCAUUUUAGCCCGAGCCUGUCAAAUUCUCCAUUUUAGCCCACAAAAUGGCCCACAAUGCCUAACGACAAAGUGAUAAUAAUACGUUUUUAUGCUUGAAUGCAGUUUGAAUGAAUGCUUUGGAUAUUUUUUUUCUUUUCAGUGACAUUCGGGCGAUUCAGCGGUCUGCCGAUAACUGUAAACCAAGCCAAGGCUGAAGGCUGGUUAUUGAACAAAGCAUGUGAAGGUAAGAAAUUACGAACAGGCUGUCAGUCAUUUUAUAUAGCAGAUGUUUUCUCGGCUAAGAUCAGCGUUAAGUCGAGUUAAGGGCAAAUAAAAGAGAUCAGUGAGUUAUCCACUUGAGCUCCAAUAUCUAAAUACAAAUUCUCUAAACUGAUAUCCAUACAUUUAAAACUUUUUUAAUAAAAUGACGAAAGCCAAAUCCUUUUGUUUUAUCCGAGAUAAAAAAAUAAACAUUACAUUAAUAAAUAUAAAUUUGAUACAAAGGUAAUGUAACUAAAAAAUAAAUAAUAAUUACAGUAAAAAAUUAAUUAAUUAAAGUUAAAACAUUAUAAUAAUAAUGAAAUCAAUAAGUAGAUAAAUGAUUUAACGGUCGCCCUCUCUGUUUAUUCCUCACGAUGGCAGCAUAGUUUGUGUCUUUUAAAUGUACAAACGUUCACGGGCUCUACGUACCGAUACUGUUUUAGUGUUGAUAAGUUUGAGUGGGAUAAGUUCGAUGUCUUUAAGAUGGUAUCCGGGUUGAUUGAAAUGCUCUGGUACUGCGUGGUCAGUUUUGUUUUCUAUGGCUCUGCGGUGUUCUCCAAAUCUGUCUUUUGAUAUAAAUUGAAGAAAAUUGAAAGUUGAUAAAGGAUCGAAUAAUUUUCCUUUAGGUGGUCAUUUUGUUAAUCUCGAAAUCAUUUAUCUUGAUUUAUGUGUUGAUAUUGAUAGGCGAAAAGUGAGGUUGAUCACUCUUGAACUAGCUUCUCACGUAUUAACCGCGCCGCGCUUAUCUGUGCAAAAUUUGUGAUCGGCGGUGAGAGGCAGAGUCACAUGCAAGUCUCAGAGAUGAAGAAUUUGUCUUGUUGCUUUCAGUUGACUUGUGGUAAAGGGAAACAGGAAUAAAACCAUCAACAAAAUUCCUUUCCGCGUCGUUUGGAUACUGAAAUAUGGUGUAGGGGGCGAACACGAGACUUGGUCACCCAAGGAACUUGUUGUUACUGAUUGGCAAAUCAACCGUGUGUUAUGUCCACGUCGUCUUCUUAUCUCUUUUGAGGGUUUUUCUCCAUAUUUAGGAAAAACGCUUAGUUAUAUCUGCUUUCUGAUGAAACAUUUUGUUAACAGGGUCCAAUUUUUUUGCUGGAAAUCGUUAUGUGCUGAAAGGUGACACUGCCGUGAUGCUCUUGUUCGAUCACAUGGGCAAAAUAGCUGGAAUUCAAAAUGGAGUAAGUUUUCACAUCCUUUCAACCUUUAGUUAUAGUUUCCGAGAGAGGUUAAUGAUGACGAUGAUUCAAUGAGCCGAAACUCUUCCACAUUUUGCAUUUUGACAUUUUGUUCAAUUUUAUUACUCUGUCUCCUUAGAAGAAUAAAUGUAUUUAAUAAUAAUAUGAUCAUUAAGUGUUGGUAAUGGUGAUAAUGGUGAUGUCGAAGAUGAUGUUGAUGAUAAAACAAUGAUGAUCAGGAUGAGGACGAUGAUGAUGACGAUGACGAUGACGAUGACGAUGACGAUGAUGAUGAUGAUGAUGAUGAUGAUGAUAGUGGUGGCUAUGACGAUGGCGACAGUAAAGGACGAUUUUUAUGUUUUUGGAGACAACAAAUUGAUAGAGAAAAACGUCUAAGCUAACACAAUGUGUUCUCGCUGAUGCUUUUUCGAAAGAAUCAGCAAAAAUAAUAGAUCUAGGCUAGAAAAUGGUAUUUUGUCAAAAAUAGAAUAUUUUUAUGUUCUUCAGCUUUUAUAUCCUGUUACUGAUGCGUGCUGAUACAAUAGUGUGCUCUCAUUUUCAGAAUGUCUUGUAUCUAUUUAACUACUUUUUAGAUCCCCAAAUCAGCUGUUGGGGUUUUAAAGGCGCCCUGGAUAUCUGAGGAUGAUAUGUACGUCAUCACCGCCUACUUCACCGAGCCGCGGCUAAUUUGCUCUGGGUCCAGACCCUCCUCUCAAUAUUUGGGCGACCAACUGUUACUGCAGACUGGGCCCCAGUCGUCCAAUACUAUGGCAAUCCCUUUCAAACAGGAAGAUUUAGAGCGAACAGAGUGGGUUCGUGGUGGAUGCUUCCCUGCCAUGGGUGAGUUAAUGACAUAACAGUCACGAAGUCACGAUUCGUUUCAUGACCUGCAUGAAUGUGUGAAAAGACCCCGCUUGUCCCGUCCCUCAUAAUUGACCCCUAGGCUGUUCACAGCUCUCUGUUCUCUUCUUCUUUCCCCUUCUUUUCUUUCUUUCUUUCUCUUUCUUUUCUUUUGCGAAAUGUUGCGAACGUCAAAACGGAGUGCGAGCGGUUAGGAGGUGAAAACGUGAUAAUUAGAGGGACUCUGUGCUUCUUUGGAAAAAACAAAUAACUUUGCCGUUGGCUUAAUGACGAUUAACUGUCACUACCCUGACUUUAGGGCCCAUCAUAAAGGCUCCAGGUCACAUUUUGGGAUUUGCAAAACGUGGGAGAGGUUUUUUAUAAUGUCACGUGAGCCUGGUCUCUAGACGUUCCCUCUUGCCCCAUUGUCCGCACAAAGACUGGGAAAGGGUGAGCUCGUUCUUAUCAGUGACGGCACUGCGGAAAAGUAGAUCCCAGUUCUAACCGAGCUGGAACACCUACGGACUAGGCUGAUGUCUAGGCUGCGAGCAAGCUCUCCCGGGGGUAUGAGGGUGGGGGAGGGAAUAGGGAAAGGAAAAUGCUAGGAGGUUGUUAAUUUCCAUUCGGUGUCGUAUUUCCAGUAAGAUCUGAUUGUUCAGAUUGUGACAGCUAAACACCCGUUCUGGGGGCGGAAUUCUAGCUUGUGGGACGCGAGUGCUGGCUCUCCUUACCCUCUUCCUUUCCCCCACCCCCUACCCCUGGGAGAGCUUGCUCGCAGGCUAGCUAAUGUCACGUAAAUGUGACUUACACCUUUAGCACAGAGCGGUGGAUAGAGAAGAGUUUAGAAAAACUGCCAAACAUAUCAUCCCUCAAGUGUGAACAAGAAAGAGGCUGUAGGCCACAUACUUUGAUUUAACCUUGCACCCCUAAGAAAAAAACAAGCGCUCCCUUGAAACCUGGGGAAACUUAGAGUUGCAGAAGCGUUUGUUUGUUAGUUGACGCAUUGAGCUGGUUUAGCCUAAAGACUACUGAGUUAAGCCUUGUACUAACACGAUUUUAUCCAGUCAUUUAAUCCAUUUGUUUUAUUUAGGCCGUCAUUACUGGUACAACAUCUCCGCCAACAUGGACUGCGAUGACUUUUAUCCGAUGUUUCUUCUGUACAACAGAGAUCGCUUGACUGGAUUUGGAUGGGUUGCCCAGGGCAACGCUGACAGUUCAAGAUACGAACACCCUCCCCCCAACAGGCUCAAGGUAAGUCAAGUCCAAAAAAGAAACUCGAUUCAGUUAUACACUUAUGAAUUUUUAACUCCUUGUACAUUGUGACGCUACUGCUCAUGGGUUGCCAGGAAUUCUUAAUUUGCAGUUGGUUUGUAUGCGUAUGGGUCCACCGUCUAUUCAGAGCACAGUGAACCCAACCUCUUUAGUCUAAAAUGCCAUCCUUCUCCUCUUCCUAAACACGGAGGGGGUGGGGGGGGGGGAGGCCUCUGGCUUUCUGCAUAUUCGGUUAACGGGUUUCUUUUUACGUCCCACUGGUUAGUGAUUUUUUUUUAUUCCCACUUAAUUCCUUUGCAGUAUGGCUUCUUCCAGGCAGGAACCAUGCCCAAAUGUAUCCCUAAGAUCAAGUCUCUGACAACCCAGCACGUUUAUCUGGACAAGCGACCAUAUCUAAACCUCUGCUUUAUCUAG